UGGUAGGACGUAGAUUAGUAGUGCUCCUGGUUAUCUAGUACGAAUUGGAAAUAAGUAAUUAUUUCCUGUUAGUUACUCCUUCAAAGAACAUAAUUCCGAAAUGUAUCGUGUAUUAUGCAGUCCAAAGAAGGCUCCUGAAUUUGUCAGUCAUUGUGCUGCUGCCAUGGUAACCAUUAAUGAUGGAACUACCAGUAAGCUUCCUGACUCCAUGAACGUAACUGCGCAGAAGAAACCUUCCAUUCGCAGUUGUUGUGAUCUUACAAAAAUCGUCCCAUGCUUGAGCAGCUUUUCCGAUUCUUUAGAAAGUCUGAUACCACUCGACUCGAUGUCUGAAACUUCUAAUUAUCUCGACCAACAUCAAGAUUCGUUGCGCUCUACAUCUCCUAGUCAGCAGUCAGUUGAUUCGUUUUCUUCAUUCAUGACCGCGGAAAGUGAAUUUGAACAUGUUUCAUCAUAUUCGGAAGCGCAUCCGAAGAUUGUUGGUUCUAUUGUUCUAGACGACCGAAUUGAAAAACUGCAUGAUCUUCCCCCAAUAGUGUACGAGGAUAUUGUUCCUUGCCUUCCUAAAUCUUUCGUUGCAGAUUGCCGCUGUAAACCUUGGCAUCUUCUUACCUGUUUCGAUUCUUACAAAGUUCACAUUGAUCGCGACGUUUCUUUGCCAAGGGAAGAUAUCGAUGAGAGACACUCGGCAAUUGACGACGAUGACUUGUAUGAUUAUUGUGUAGGUAACAUGAAGAGAAAGUAUUUAUCUAUUUGUGAAUCUGAGCUUCCUAUGACUCCAGUUCAGGGGCCAGUCCUACAUUUAAGUAAAAAUAAGAUGAAACGUAUACAAAAGAACUUGAAAAGCAAUGGAUUUGGCGUCCAAGUGAUAGAAGCCAUUCACCGUGUCUGUAGAGAUAGUACCACGGCAACUUACUUGUAUUUUGCCGACAUCGUCCGGACCGAAGUGCCAAUCCCGGGUAUUCCUCGCGAAGAACAGUCCUACAAGGUGGGCGACGUUCUUGGCAAGGGAGGUUUUGGGACGGUCUACCGAGGCUGGCGCUUAGGCGACAACACGCCAGUCGCCGUCAAACAAAUCGCCAAGAACCGCAUCCACAGUUUCGAUAUUGUGAAUGGUGUGACGGUGCCUCGAGAAAUAUCACUGCUUCUGCGUCUCACAAACGUCCCAAAUGUGGUGCAACUGCUCGAUUGGAUUGAUCGAGACGACUCGUACCUCCUCAUCUUCGAGAGACCUGAGCCCUGCCAGGAUUUUUUCGAUUACAUUUCAAAGAAUAUUUUCAUACCCGAGAACCAAGCCAGGGUACUGUUUGCGCAGAUUGUGCAGACCGUUAAGGAGUGUUUCGAAGCAGGAGUUGUUCACAGGGACAUCAAGGAUGAGAAUAUCCUCAUAACCUACGACUCGGCUUCUGACAAAUACGUCUUGAAAUUGAUAGAUUUUGGAUCAGGUGCAGUUGUGAAUCCCGACAACAGACCGUACAUCGAUUUCGAUGGCACGAGAGUGUAUGCUCCGCCUGAAUGGAUCACCUCCGGUUCUUAUUCCGCGAUACCCGCGGCUGUAUGGUCCUUGGGGGUACUGCUUUACGACAUGGUCGUCGGAUAUAUUCCCUUCGAGAAUGACGAAUCGAUUCUUCAGAAUAAACUCCAGUUCCGAAAUGACUGUCCUCUAUCGGCACCUGUCGUGAACCUCAUCAAGGCUUGCCUUCAUCCCGACCCCAACUCACGACCAGACCUCGACGCCAUCCUCUCUCACCCGUGGAUUAAGCAUGACAGUAUCGCUGAUGCAUUCACUUCGGUGCAAAGGAAGCACCAGAGUAUGCGUCUGAAUCACGCUCAUGCUCAGAAAGCCUUGCAGCAGCAACAACAUCAACUUUUAAUACAACCCCAACUCCAGCAACAACAACAACAACUUCAGCAGCAACAAGCUCAACAACAACAGCCACCUCAAGAGUUUUCACCCCCGCAGCAGCAGCAGCAGUUACAGAACGUCAAUCCUAACCGAUGCACUCACUACCACAGGACAACUGCCAUCAAUAUCCCGCAACUGAAUUCCACUCGGCACCAAUUCCCUGGCAGUGGAACCCCCGGCAGUGCUUCGAAGGCGUCGUCGGACCCCACAACCCCUUCCACGAGCAGCCCAAGCUCCUGCGUCAGUAACCUAGUGCGAUCAGCAUCCUCAUCGCCACUAACCCUGCAUACGCAGCCAUCGUCUCUCUCUUCGUCGCAAUCCUCUGAUGAAUCAUCGUCUACACCAGCCAAAUCUUUACCAGGAAAUUUAAACCAGAUUUCAGCCAGUGAUGCCAACGUCUCGCACUCCUCAUCUUCAACAGCUCUACAAACUCCUCCUCAAUCUCCACCACAUCUUCACGAUCACUCUAAUCUUCACCAGCAUCAUCAGUCAAGCAUGUUAUACGAGGAAUAUUCUCCACCUUCGCCUCAAUCUUCUACAUCCACUUCGGACUCCCAGACCUACAAUAGCAGCAACAGCGUUAGACUCGCGCUUCCACACUAUGACAGUGGCAACAAUAACACAGCUCCUACUCAUAAUAAUACAUUCAAUAACACAACCUCGCCGCAUGCAUCGCCAGUUAAUGCUGAUUCAUCCAAUUCUUCACCUUGCACCGCAAUCCAGCGAUGCAGCUCACGAUCACUCAAUACCAGAGCUCGUGAUGCGCUAUGAUGCAAGAAUAUAGGAUGAACUGUACAUAUAGCUACCUAAAUAUAGGGCGUAUCGUCAAUACCGUACAGAGGUAGACAUUAUUUAGCGCUGCUAGGCUUAAUUACGUGCCGGGGUAUUUCAUGUUUAAGGUACUGUAGUGAUUGGCAGCUGAAUAUUGCUUGUACAGCUAAACUUCUUCUAGGUAGAUGGCUUUCCACUAAAUACUGACCUGUAAAGGCCCUUCGUGUCUUACGGAUGCAGUUUGCGGUUACAGGCUUAAGAAUUUAAUGUUACUGAGAAGUUCUGUCAACGUUUAACCUGCAGUCACAGUGAUGAUCUGACUAAAUGGCGUUCUUUGCUACAGAUUAAUUUAAAAGAAAUAAAUUGCUAUGUUAUCCUCAACGUGGUAAGCUGCUGUAUGCGCUCUCAGGCUGGUUUAAUUUCUCUUUCAUCGUGAUGCAUUUUUGCAGGAUUUCUUUUUUACUGAGAAAUUGAUUUAUACUUUGAACGGUCAUAACACUUCCCAGAGGCUCCUGUGUCAACAUUUUUUUCUGAAAUUUAAAAUUGAAAUUAAAACGAAUCCUUUAUUGCUGAUUCCGCAGGGCUGCGAUUCCUUCUAUCUUUCAUUCGAGAUUCAUUAUUUGGCCAAAUCUGUGUAAAGCCAAGAUUUAACAGUUGAAAUAAUGGCGCCAUUUUUGUUUCAACCAAUGCUCAAGUAGAUUUAGGGAAUGCGUGGAAAAGGUUUCUGGGAACUGAUAUAGUUGUUGGUAUGGAAAAUUUUUCAUGUACAUGAUUACGUGCUACUGUGCAAAUUUUCCAGAACAUUUUUUGUUUAUCGGAAACUUUGCAAGAUUGUUUCCGACACAACAAAUUAAUUUGUAUGGUUAUAAAACCACCUAUAUCAAGAUUUUGCACAGGAAACCGUUACUGUACAAUAUAUACCGAAUUAACAAUGAACUUGGAUCUUAGAAUGGAUGGGUUUAUUUAUGAUGCCAAAGAUUGCAAUCAAGAAUGCGAAUUUGCUUUUCGUUUUAGGUAGGUAUCGUUUUCGUUAAGAUGCUGACAACCAAAAAAUCCCCUACAUUUAUUCGGGUUCUUGGAAUUUUUUUCACUGGAAUCUAAGUUCUCUUUAUUCGAACCAUUUUAAGUCAUAAAUUCGAAAUUGCACCCUUUUUUCGUCUUCUAACUGUUAUUAGCCUGAAAUUAGGCUAGAUUUUUUCCUAAUGGAGUACUGCUACAUAUGAAAACCAUUUUUUAAUCAUUUUUGGGAACUUGAAUGGGGGAUGUAAGAUGUAAAUAUACUGUAUAAACUUGUACGUGCGUGGCUGAGUGUACAUAACGGCGUAGAUGUUUCUGAUACGACAGGCUAUUUGGUAUUAAGUUGGCGCUGUAGAUAAUAAACUUGUUGUACGUAUUACGUACUUUGUACAGAGUCUUCGUUGCUAGAUUAUUUAUGGCUCGCAUGGGCUUGAGUUAGAGUCGGAGCUUACUUUUGAUGGUUGCAUUCAUCUGUUUCGAACUGAACACCUCGCCUUAGAUGUAGUACUAUUAUUGUAAUAAUAAUUAUUAUUUUAAUGUGCUUGAACCAUUGUAAGCUUUCUUAGGCUUUAUUGUAGAUUGCUACGCGCCUUCCAGUUUGAAAAAUCAGCGGCUACAUGAUAGCAUGGGGACGAAUGCUUCAAUUGACACUAAAAACAUCGAUUUCACGUCCUCCAAAAUUAUUUGUUCGAGCUGUCAUUCUUUUUCGCUGAACAACCAACCUAUCGUACAGUAAAUCCUACAAAUUUGCUCUCUUGGGCGCAUGCAGCUCAAAUAUGUUCCCAAACGAAUGUCCACAAUUUUGUUCACUUCAAAGUUAUGUUCCAAAAUGACUUUCAUUAUUUCUUAGUUACGCUUUCAUUAUUUUAUCCGCGUUUUUUUGGCAGUCGACUAGCAUAGUUUGGCUGCGUUUAGACAGGGUAUAUGACUUGGCUCGGGAAUAAUACCUUAUCUAUUAUUUUUGGUCCAUUGACAUACAUUAUUUACAUGUUCUUCUCUACUAAGUUUAUUUUAUUUAUAGCGGAAGUCUUUUUAGAUCAUGGUGAAGUUCCUGGCUUUUUUUGAUGUAGAAUAAAUCUUUUUUAAGGUUUAGCAGUCUUCGGUAGGUACUGAUUAUUCUGUUAUCAGGUACUCAUUGUGUAUGUUUUUAGAGCGUAACUUUCUGUCGAGUUCGAUUAAAUUAGAUUAGCCUUGUCAUUGUUU